UUACAAGCCCACUUUGUCAUUUUCUUUCAUGAACAAUUCCAAUUCCUUAACAAAGCAUCUUUAACCUCACCCUACAUCUCAAACAUCAACCACUUUCAUUACUGCCAAACUCAUCCAUUAAACUGGGAAAAGCCAUGUCAACUCCUCUGAGCCUCACCUCCAAUUUCUUCUUCUUCAUAUUCACAGCAACAGUCCUUUACAUAGCCUACACCAUCCCCAAACAGGAACCAAACCAAACCAAUUUAGUUUUUUACGUGCAUGAUUAUUUUAGUGGUGUCGAUGCAUCAGCAAUCACAGUGGCCGGGAAAAGCGGACCCACAUCUCAUAUCCUCCACUUUGGCACUAUUGCAGUGGUAGAUGAUCCAGUCACAGAGGGGCCAACCAUCGAGUCUAACGAGAUAGGCAGGGCCCAAGGUUUGUAUAUAAACUCUCAGUUAGAUGGGAAGGGGUUGCACAUGGCUUUUAGUGUCAUAUUCACUGAUGGAGAGUUGAAAGGAAGCACUUUGGAGAUUCAAGGAGCUGAUAUUUUUUCAAUGAAGGAGAGAGAGUUUGGUGUUGUUUCUGGGACUGGGUAUUUUAGAUUUGUUAAGGGUUAUGGGAUCAUGGAGACUGAGUUUAUGGAUAUUGCUAAUUUGAGAGCUGUUAUUAAGCUCAAUGUAACAGUUAAACACUACUAA